CAGAUUCAUUGUUCCAGUUCGCACUUCACUUCUCCUUCAACUCCUCGAAGACAGAACAGAAAACACAAUGGCGAACCAAAGCACAACCGCAGCCGCGCAAGGCCGAGUCCAGCAAGUCGUUGGCCACAUGCAAGCUACAGGCAAAGCAGGCCUGCUUGAGAAGCGUCCCGAUGAUAUCGUUGUCACCUGCGCACUCCGAACAGCCAUCACAAAAGGCGGCCGAGGAGGCUUCAAGGAUACUGCGGGUGCAGAUUUGCUCCACGGUGCUUUCAAGGGCCUGAUCGAGCGCUCCGGCAUCGAUCCAGCUCUGGUCGAAGAUGUUUCAGUAGGGUGCGUCCUGGCUCCAGGUGGAGGUGCAACAGAAUUCCGAGCAGCGGCUCUUGCAGCCGGGUUUCCAGACAGCACGGCAGUCAAGAGCCUGAACAGACAAUGCAGUUCUGGUCUGCAGGCAUGUGCCGAAAUCGCCAACGCCAUCAAAGCAGGCAUGAUCGAGAUCGGUGUGGGAGCUGGUGUGGAGAGCAUGAGCACACAGUACGGACCACAAGCUGUCACUGAAUUCAGUGACCUGCUCGAGGGCCACAAGGCCGCAGCCGAGUGCAAGGUGCCUAUGGGUCUUCUCAGUGAGAACAUGGCCAAGGACAAGGGAAUCACAAGGGCCGCGCAAGAUCAGUUCGCAGCAGACAGCUACAAGAAGGCUGGUCAGGCGAACAAAGCAGGACUCUUUAAGGAAGAAAUCUACCCAUUGAAGGUCAAGUGGACAGACCCAAAGACCGACGAGGAGAAGGAGAUCACUGUUGCUGCCGAUGAUGGUGUCCGCGAGGUCACUGUGGAGUCGCUGGGCAAGAUCAAGGCUGCAUUCUCCAAGGACGGCUCUAUCCACGCCGGCAACGCAUCUCAAAUCUCGGAUGGCGCCGCCGCAGUGCUCCUGAUGAAGCGCAGCACAGCCGAGCGUCUUGGACAAAAGAUUAUGGGCAAGUACGUGACAGCAUCAGUGGUUGGUGUCCCACCACUUCUCAUGGGCAUUGGUCCUUGGAAAGCCAUUCCAGAGGCUCUCAAGAAGGCCGGUAUUACCAAGGAUGAUGUGGACAUUUACGAGAUCAACGAGGCUUUUGCAUCGCAAUGUUUGUGGUGCGCCAACGAACUUGGCCUGCCUGCAGAGAAGAUCAACCCCAAGGGCGGUGCAAUCGCAUUCGGACACCCGCUCGGCUGUACUGGAGCUCGACAAGUUAGCACCCUGCUGUACGAGCUGAAGAGAACGAACAAGAAGAUUGGCUUGACAUCUAUGUGUGUCGGCACAGGAAUGGGUAUGGCUGCUGUUUGGGUCGCAGAAUAGAUACAUGUAUGAUACCUCUUGGACCACUUCACGUUAUAUUAGAUCAAAGAAGCAUAUCUCAA